AUGCCGCGUACUACCAGAAGAUCUUUGAAAACCCUUCAACAUACUGCCACUGACACUGAAAAUUUGGUGGGUAGACCAUCAAAGAAUUUGAAACAUCAAUUAAGCCAAGAUACUCCUGUAGAUGUUGAAGUCAAAAGGAAAAAUAUAUCCAGUAAGGAAACACAAGCGAAUCUUGAUAACAAAAUAUCUGCCCGCGAUUUAACCGAUCCAAAUGGAGCAUCCGAGAAAUACUGGCAAAAGCUUGCUGAAAAACGUCAAGUCGCUUUGCAAGAGGCACUUGAUGAAAAUGAAAAGCUGCGCAAUAUAAUUGAAGAACUUAAGCAGGAAAAUGUUCUUUACAAGCAGAUGUUGGAUGAAGCUAACAGUUUUGUUGAAGUUAUAAAGGAGGAAUUGGCUAAUAGCAGUAAUAACGACACUGGUAUAGAUGUUAAUGAUGUCAGCCAAUCUGACACUACACAAGAAGACGACACAACAAAUGUUACAGAAUCUGCUGACAACAAAGAUAAAUAA